GGGAGCCGGAAGCAGGAAGUGAGUUUGGGAACGGAGCGGCGCUGCAGGGCCCAUGGCGGACACCCAGUACAUCCUGCCCAAUGACAUCGGCGUGUCUAGCCUGGACUGCCGCGAGGCCUUCCGCCUGCUGUCGCCCACGGAGCGCCUCUACGCCCACCACCUGUCGCGGGCUGCCUGGUACGGAGGCCUGGCUGUGCUGCUGCAGACCUCCCCCGAAGCCCCCUACAUCUACGCCCUGCUCAGCCGCCUGUUCCGCGCCCAGGACCCUGACCAGCUGCUGCAGCACGCCCUGGCCGAGGGCCUCACCGAGGAGGAAUAUCAGGCAUUCCUGGUCUAUGCGGCAGGGGUCUUCUCCAACAUGGGCAACUACAAGUCCUUUGGCGACACCAAGUUUGUUCCCAACCUGCCCAAGGAGAAGCUGGAGCGGGUGAUCCUGGGGAGCGAGGCCGCUCAGCAGCGUCCGGAGGAGGUCCGGGGCCUGUGGCAGACCUGCGGGGAGCUCAUGUUCUCCCUGGAGCCUCGGCUGCGGCACCUGGGGCUGGGGAAGGAGGGAAUCACCACCUAUUUCUCCGGGGACUGCACCAUGGAAGACGCCAAACUGGCCCAAGACUUUCUGGACUCACAGAACCUCAGUGCCUACAACACUCGGCUCUUCAAGGAGGUGGACGAGGAAGGGAAGCCCUGCUACGAGGUGCGGCUGGCGUCCGUGCUCAGCACAGAGCCUUCUCCCGACUCGGAAGUGACGUCCAAGCUGAAGAGCUACGAAUUCCGGGGCAGCCGUUUCCAGGUGACCCGGGGUGACUACAGCCCCCUUCUGCAGAAGGUGGUGGAGCACCUGGAGAAAGCCAAGGCGUACGCAGCCAACAGCCACCAGGAGCAGAUGCUGGCCCAGUACGUGGAAAGCUUCACCCAGGGCUCCAUCGAGGCCCACAAGAGGGGCUCCCGCUUCUGGAUCCAGGACAAAGGCCCCAUCGUGGAGAGUUACAUCGGGUUCAUCGAGAGCUACCGCGACCCCUUUGGUUCCCGAGGAGAGUUUGAAGGCUUCGUGGCCAUGGUGAACAAGGCCAUGAGUGCCAAGUUCGAGCGGCUGGUGGCCAGCGCCGAGCAGCUGCUGAAGGAGCUGCCCUGGCCGCCCGCCUUCGAGAAGGACAAGUUCCUCACCCCUGACUUCACCUCCCUGGAUGUCCUCACCUUCGCCGGCUCCGGCAUCCCUGCCGGCAUCAACAUCCCCAACUACGAUGACCUGAGGCAGACCGAAGGCUUCAAGAACGUGUCGCUGGGGAACGUGCUGGCCGUGGCCUACACCACGCAGCGGGAGAAGCUCACCUUCCUGGAGGAGGACGACAAGGACCUGUACAUCCGCUGGAAGGGGCCCUCCUUCGACGUGCAGGUGGGGCUGCACGAGCUGCUGGGCCACGGCAGCGGCAAGCUCUUCGUGCAGGAUGAGAAAGGGGCGCUGAACUUUGACCGGGAGACGGUGAUCAACCCCGAGACAGGGGAGCAGAUCCAGAGCUGGUACCGCAGUGGGGAGACCUGGGACAGCAAGUUCAGCAACAUCGCCUCCAGCUACGAAGAGUGCCGGGCCGAGAGCGUGGGCCUCUACCUGUGCCUCAACCCUCAAGUGCUGGAGAUCUUUGGCUUCAAGGGGGCCGACGCGGAAGACGUGAUCUACGUGAACUGGCUCAACAUGGUGCGGGCUGGGCUGCUGGCCCUGGAGUUCUACACACCUGAGGCCUCUAGCUGGCGACAGGCCCACAUGCAGGCCCGGUUUGUGAUCCUGAGGGUCCUGCUGGAGGCUGGCGAGGGACUCGUCACCGUCACGCCCUGCACAGGCUCCGACGGGCGCCCGGACGCCCGGGUCCGCCUGGACCGCAGCAAGAUCCGGUCGGUGGGCAGGCCCGCCCUGGAGCGGUUCCUACGGAGACUCCAGGUGCUGAAGUCCACGGGGGAUGUGGCGGGCGGGCGAGCCCUGUACGAGGGCUACGCCGCCGUCACCGACGAGCCGCCCGAGUGCUUCCUCACCCUCAGGGACACGGUGCUGCUGCGCAAGGAGUCUCGGAAGCUCAUCGUCCAGCCCAACACGCGCCUGGAAGGCUCGGAAGUGCAGCUCCUCGAGUACGAGGCCUCAGCCGCUGGCCUCAUCCGCUCCUUCUCCGACCGCUUCCCAGAGGACGGGCCCGAGCUGGAGGAGGUCCUCACCCAGCUGGCCGCUGCCGACGCCCGGUUCUGGAAGGGCCCCAGCGCGGCCCCAUCCGGCCAGGCGUGAGGAAGACGUGUGUGUUCCCUCCCCCACCCCGUCAAAACCAGGCUGCAAGUGGCCUGCGCAGUUUGUGUGUGUGCUUGGGUGUCAGGGCCGGGGCAGGGCUCAGACCUCAGGUGCUACCUCGGCUGAGGGCGGGGACAGGACCGUGAAACGUCCUCCAGUGUGCCAAGUGCUCCUCCCCGGCACCUGCUCGGUCCGCGCGGCAUCCAGCAGAGCGGGUGAAACGCGGCUCCUCCUCCUGUGUCCCAGCACACGGGUCCGGAUCCCACAGGUGGCGCGUCGGCGGAGCCAGGGCUCACAUCCAGGGCUCUCCAGUGUGUGGCUUUUAUAACCAGAAAAAUAAAUAUUAGAACCCCCCCCCCCC